UGUUUAUAGACUGCAAGAAUUUACAGAAAAAAGCUUUAUAACUGAACUAGAGCAAAGUAUGCAUUAUUUAACUUCAAAUGCAAUUAUAGUAGGAGAUAUUAAUAUUGACUUAUUAAAUGGUAAAGAAAAUUCAACAAUCUAUCUAAGUUUAAUGGAAAAUAAUGGCUUCUCAUCUAUUGUCGAUAAAGCAACUAGAAUUACCUCAAGAACUAAAACCCUUAUUGACCAUAUUUUCAUCAAACAUAGACAAAUAAAUAGUUUUAAGCAUGCUAUCUUUGAUCUGAACAUCACUGACCAUUGUCUGCUAGGGCUAAAAUUUGAUGAAAACCGUAUUAAUCUUGAAGAUAAUUCAUCGUUAUCUGUUACUAAGCAAUCAAUAACCGAUAUUGAUAAAGUUUGUGAAUGUCUUCAAUUACUUGAUUGGAAUGAUGUGUAUCAGAUAGAAGAUGUAAAUUUAAGUUAUGAGAGAUUUCAUUCUAUUCUAACGGACCUAGUUAAUAAAUGCUCUAAAACUAUAAAUUCUAAUAAUAGACUUACAAAAGCUAAGAUCAUAAGUCCGUGGAUUACCACAGACCUUUUACGUAAAAUAGAAAGGAGAAGGAAAUUAUACAAAUUAUUAAAAAAAAGACCUUAUGAUACACCCCUAAGAGACCAUUAUAAUACUUAUUAUGACAAUCUAAAAAAUGAAAUUGAUUCUACAAAGAGAAACUUCUAUUCAAAUUGUAUUCGUAUUGCUGAUGGAGAUCCGGCCAGACAGUGGAGAGUAAUCAACAGCUUAACUGGUGAAAGCCGUAAUCAAAUUUUUGAUAAGGUGGAAUUGGAGGACGGUACUAUUGAGUGCGACCCCCAAAAUGUAGCCAACAAAGUUAAUCGUUAUCUAAUCAAUGUUGUUCAGCCCGAUUGCAAUAUACCUUCUUCUGUCUGCCUUGGUCUUUAUCAUCAGUGCCGUUCCUUUUUCAUAGAACCAACUACAGAUAAUGAAAUCUUAAAAGUUAUCUCUAAUCUUAAAAAUAAGAAAUCAUCCGGCUUUGAUAAAUUUAAUAUUCUACUAAUAAAAAGAAUUGCCUUAUAUAUUGCACCCGUACUGACCCAUAUUUUUAACUUAAGCUUCAGUAAAGGAGUUUUCCCAGAAAUGUUAAAGAUGAGUGUCGUAAUACCAAUUUUCAAAAAGAAAAAUUCAAUAAAAUUAAAUAACAUCAGACCUAUUAGCUUGCUUUCCGUUUUCUCAAAAAUCCUAGAAAAGCUUAUGAUAAAUAGAUUAGUAACUUACCUAAAUACUGAAGAUGCCCUUUUAAAUUUCUCAAAUCUAGUUUACAAUAGUUUGAAUAAUAGCAAUAAAACAACCGGUCUCUAUAUAGAUUUCACAAAAGCAUUCGAUUUAAUUAAUCAUGAAAUUCUAUUUUUAAAGCUUGAGGCGGCCGGAGUCAGGGGAGUGGCGCUGCGGUGGUUCCGCAGUUUUCUGAGUAACAGGGAACAUCAGGUGAGGGUUGGCGCUGAGGGCUGCCUCAGUAGCCCCCUUCCCGUCACCGUCGGCGUCCCCCAGGGCUCCGUUUCCUCAGCUAUUUUAUUCAUUAUCUUUAUUAAUGAUCUCUUAAAUAUAAAGUUCAAUGGAAUAAUUCAAGCCUUUGCAGAUGACAUUGCUUUCUUGUACUCCCAUAAAAGCAAAGAAGUUAUAAAAAAUAAUAUAGUAGCUGAUUUGAGUAUCCUGAGAGAAUGGUGCAGUAAAAAUAAAAUGAUAGUUAACGUAUCUAAGACAAAAUACAUAAACUUUGACUAUAGAGCUGUAGACUUUUCCGCCCCAAUCCUAUAUCAUUCUCAAGGGUGUACUCGAGAAGACUGCAGCUGCGAAGAAAUUGAAAGAGUUGACUCUUUUAAAUAUUUAGGACUAACAUUUGAUGAAAAAAUGUCUUGGAAAAAACACAUUCAGAUUUUACAUGGUGACAUUAGAAGAUCAAUAAGGAAAUUCUAUUAUCUCAGAAAUUUAUGUGAUCAAACUCUGAUGAAAUCAUUAUAUUAUGCUUUGAUUCAUUCUCGGCUCCAGUACGGUUUGAUAUGUUGGGGUGGAACAUUCAAAACUUUCAUAAAUAGAUUGCGAAUAUCACAAAAUCAUAUUAUUAGAUUAAUAUUACAUAAAAGAAAAAGAGAAAGCUCUUUCCCCUUAUAUUGCAAUUUGAAAAUCAUGCCUAUUCAAAAUCUUUAUAUUUUUAAGGUUCUAAAAAUGUUUUAUUUAAUAAGUGGAAAUUGUGGAAUUGAAAACCUGUAUUACAAUAUGAGAAGUAAUGAUAGGAUUCUGUACCGUACCCCUAAAGUUAAAAAAUGUAUUUUUAGAAAUUCUUGUUUGUUUAUAGGGCCCUAUUUAUUUAAUAAAUUACCACUUAAUAUUAAAAUAUGUGCUUCUUACACUAAAUAUUGUAAAAAACUCAUACAUUGGCUAUUUGAAUUGAAUGAUACAUCGACCUUGAGAACCGUAUUGAGAUAACUUAUCCGUUUAUAUGCCUAUUCUGUUCUAUUAUCUUAUGUUUAUAUAUUACCUACUUUGUUUACUUUGUUGGUAUUAACUGAUUAUAAUAUUGCAAAUCCUAAUAAUGAUCAUAUUAUCCAUGGUGUAUUAGACAAGAUGUUUACACGCUGCAGGUAGUACUGACGACUAUUCAAGUUUAUUAUGCUAGACUAGACUCAAACUAUUGUUGUUUUAUAAAUUUAAUAUUAUGUAUUA